AAAUUAAAAAUAUAAAACUGAUAAAUUAAAGUGAUGUCAGCGUUUAAAAUUAUAAUAUGAAUGGAAAUUUGUUUUUAGUUACUGAUAAAAUUAAUAUUAUAAUAUUAUUUCAAUCAUUUUUCUUCAGUUGUUAUUGAGUUAACAGUUGAGAUUUGUUGUUGUGAGUUUACUAAAUAUUUUUAUGAAAAAUAGAAAAUGACUCAUAGGCGAAGACGUCGUUGGAAUAAAUCAAAUAGUAAAACGGUUUACAAUAUGUAUAAAACUCCUGGAAUGAACUCAAUAAAAACUGAAGAAAAGCAAAUAUCUAUUCCGGUCGUUAAAGUUUCUUCGUAUUGUCAAACCGAAACCGAAAUGGUCCAAGUAAAGAAAAAACCGUUUCUAAUUCAGGAUCUGGAAUCCGUUAAUAGGAUCACGAAUUUUCCCAUUGUUGAGACUGGGUGGCACUACGCCGAAAAUAUAUACAACAAGAUUAAGCAAUCCAACAAUUUGAUUUAUUGGACAUUGGGACAAGCCGAACAAUCCCUUCUCACCGUAGUUGAUACCGCUCAACCGGCAAUUGUUUUAUUCAGCGGUCCAAUUUCCACAAUUGAUAAAAUUGUCUGCAGAAGUUUGGAUCUAGUCGAGGAUAAAGUCCCAUCCAUCAACCUUCCUCCACAAAUGAUAUACUGGAACACCAAGCAAUACGUGUCAAAUGUUGGUACUCAAAUCGUUCGUCCUGUUUUGAAAAGGGCCGAUUCGAUGAAACAAAUCGGAAAUACAGUCCUGGCCAGUAAAUACACUGCGUUUGCUGCUGAUACAUUGGAUGGAGCUUUAAAUGUGGCUGAUAAAUAUGUUGACAAAUAUUUGCCGGCCGAUGAUGAUCAAAUGAAUGAUGUUGGUAAAUUGGCUGAAGGUCCAACAGGAAAGGCCAUCAACACCAUGCAUCACGUGGACAGAUUCUCCAGAAAACUCAAAAGAAGAUUAACCCAAAGAACUCUUGCCGAAGUAAAAGCCCUUAAGGAACACAGUGCCGAAGCCGUACAUGUCUUAAUAUAUGUUGCUGAAUUGAUUGCAACUGAUCCGAAACUGGCCUUCCAAAAAGGAAAAGAGUUGUGGUUGUCCUUGAGCAAAGACGAACCCGAGAAUCAAGCAAGACCAGACAAUUUGGAACAAUUGAUUGUAAUGCUAUCCAGAGAGUCUGCUAGAAGAAUGGUCCACCUCAUAAACUUCACCAGCCACCUUGUUACAAAAUUACCAAAACAACUAAGCAACACCAUUUUACACCUGGCCAAUAAAGUUAUAACUCUUACAGACUCCAUGGUUAAAACAGUCCAUUUAGAAGGUGCACAAAAAACUCUAAUGGAUAUUGUUACAAUUAAUAUUCAUUAUAUGGCAAUUGCUCUUAGGGGUCUAAAUAAUUAUAUCAGCCAAUUAUUGGAUCAAGUAGCAGAAUCCACAGAAAAAGCGGAACAAUUGAAGGCUGGUCUUUCCGUCCCACAAAUUAAGGUCCAGCUUAAAGCUGCCCAACACAGAAACUCAGUGAACAAAAACACAAAUGCAGUAAAACCCACCAACGGAGUUGAAAACAACUCAAACUAAUUACUUAUUUAUAAAUUUAUUUUAGUGUUAAAAUAUUACUUUUAAAUUACUCUGAACUUGGUAGUUUUAUAUUUAAACCAGUUUUUUUGUUCGACUGGUUAGAUUUUUAAGUUCAUCCAUCCUGGGAUUUGUUUUUAACAAUAAGAUAUUAAUAAAACACAUUUUAAGUAAAGAUAUUUUAUUUGUAUGUACAAAUGUAUACAAUCAUUCAAUUUGUAAAUUUGAAGAAUAAAUACACUACGAUAGUUCGAAUUACUAACAUUGAGUACGCCCACCUAUAUUACCUAAUUUUGGGCUGAUUUCAAAAAUGCCACUCGUUUUGCUCCAGGACGUCUAUAGGAUUCGAAAUAAUUGCGUAAUAAAAUGCUCUGCCCAAUUAUCUCAAAAUGUAAGUUUUUUGUUAAUAUUUUGAUUAUUUAUUAAAUUAUUUUGCCCUAAAUCUAUUUUGGAUGUUCAGUAUAUUUUUGACGUUUUUUGUCAAAAAUAUACAGGGACUCCUUACAAAGUCAUCGGUAGGUAAAUGUCAAAUAGAUUUUUUUUUCAUUGUGCUCUUGUUUAUUAAUAACUUAAUUAAGUCGUAUCAACAUUUUAUAUCGAAUUGAAGUAUAAAGGCGCCUUUAUCUACUUUAUCGUUCAAGCACAUUAAAGUGCAUCUAUUAAUUUUUGACAUUUAAAAUUUAAACUUUAAAUUGUAUUUUUACUUGAAAGUGAUUUUAAGAACCAAAAAUGAAAAAAGAGCAGGAAAGGGAAGUGGUAAUGGAAGUGGCAGAGAAAGAGAAACGAGACGAACAUUUAUGUCGUCGUUGUAAAUUUGUUUUGUUUUUGUUGCGGUACCUUUACGCCCAAGAAAAACCAACGCAAUAUUCCAUUACAAAAUUUUAUGAUAUAUACCUACUUCUUUAAUUUUGCAGGAAUAUUAAAUGGACCUGAUAUACGACGUUUAAUGAAAGAUGAAGCAUUCAAAAAUGCUCUCAAAGUUGACGAGCUUGUUGCAUAUGGCAGUGUUAAAGCUGUCAUUAAAAAUGUUCUUGGUUCAUAUCGGGCCUAAAAUUGGCGCCAAUUCAUUGAAAAAAUGAUCUCCGUUUUGUAAAGAAUUAGCGUUAAUAUGUCAUUUAAAAUACAUUUUCUUUUUUUUUAUCCUGAUAAAUUUGCCGAACUGAUGAACAUGGAGAACGAUUUCACCAAGUAACUGCAAAUCUAGAGCAUUGGUAGAUAUCUAUGGGUAUGGCGGAAAGAAGUUGGAUUCAUUGCUAGGAGACAUUUGCAGGAAUUUGCAGCCAAAGAUGUACGACGAUGAUGAGGAUUAAGCACAAUAAUACUAUAAUUCAAUUCGAUAUUUGAUACGAUUUAAUAAAUUUAAGGUAGAAAAAAGCAAAAUUAUGCAAAGCAUUAAUUUUCGUGGGCCUAAUUUGGAUAAAAAAUACCGAAACUUGUUUACUUUGUUUCCCUUUCAAUUCAAAAAUGUCAUAUUGUUAAGACAUUCAAGAUAAAUUUAAUCCAAAAUAAUUUAAUAAAUAAUUAAAAUACUAACAAAAAAUCUUACAUUUUGAGGUGAUUGAGCAGAGCAUUUUAUUACGAAAUUAUUUUAAAUCCUAGACGUCCUAGAGAAAAAAAAUGACAUUUUUGAAAUCAGCGGCCCAAAAUUAGUUAAACUAAGCUGGAGUACUCAAUGUUAGGAAAAAAAAGUUUCUAAAACUAUCAUAGUGAUAUUAACAGAGUUUAUUUAUUAAUUAAAUAAAGGAUGAAAUUAAAUUAUUCUUGAUAUGGCAAUUUUAUACUAUCUAAAUUAGAGGUGUUUAAAAUACUUAAACCUAAAUUAAUAAAUAAAAUAAAAAAAUAAUUAACCUAGAUCAUUUAAGUUUAUAUCACUUUUACUAGAAUUACGUUCCCUUUUUUCUAUGGUUUAAUUGAAAGAGCUGUUUACAAUCGAUUUGUAAUCUCUAACUAUUUUACUCACAUGCAAUACAGGCUGGUAACAUCACAUUUAUGGUUUUGACGUUUAUAUUAAAGGGGCUAAACUACACGUAUUUUCAACAGCCCUCUCCUUCAAACCAUUAUUGUCAAAACAAUACAAUCGCAAUACAAACUAUUACGAAAGAGUCUCUUAAAUCAGUUCGGCCACGUACUCAGGUUGCCCGUCGUGGUUAAUCGUCAGUUCGGAUCCUUUGAAAUGCGCCCCAAACGUGUCGUAGUCAUUGGAGCUCGCAUUUAACUUCUCUGGCACUUGAAAUGUCGACCCUUGGAAACCCAUAGCGG